AUGGGUACACCCCGUGACUACUAUGCAGACUUAGAGCUGCCUCCAACGGCCGACGUGCCGGAGAUCAGGAAGCAAUAUCGAAAGCUUGCUCUCAAAUACCAUCCGGACCGCAACCCUGGACGAGAGCAAGAAGUCAAUACCAAAUUCCAGAUCAUCCAAACGGCGCAUGAAAUCCUUUCCGACCCCGAACAAAAGGCCAAACAUGAUGCCUUACGAGGUCGCGGUCGUUUCCCGGGCGCUUCGGGUGUUAAGGGUAACCCGUGGUCGAAUGUGAGCGCACAAUAUCCGCCUCCGCCACGACGCAAUAAUGGUAACAACACCAACCCUCGAACGACGCCGUCAGGCGCACAGAGAUGGCAAACACGCUUCUCAUCCGGAGUCCCUCCCACAGCAAAGCAGUAUACCGCAUCAGAUGCCGAGUCGAAGAAGAAUGCUGCGCGAGCGUUUGAGAAUAUGCGAAAGGGUGCAUCAGCCAAGACAAAUGAACAAACACGUCCUCCUCCACCACCUCCCCCGCCACGGACAGAAUCCGCGAGACAGCGUGCUGAGGCUUCUUUCGGUGCAAGAAAGACAGGGUUCCAUCCUCGUACAGCUAUGGGCGAUGAGCCCCCUGUAUCGAAUAGCAACUAUAGCUCGCGACCAGCUUCGGAACGAUACUCACAGUCAUACGCUCAAGAAGACCCAAAACCGCCUGCCCCCCCUCCAAGGCCUCAGCCGACAGCAAUGCCAGAUCCCUUGAGCCAGUUCAGAGAUCGAGACAGCUGGGCGGAUCCUCGACAAAGCAGUCCGUAUAGCUCCAACGGAGGCGAAAAGACCAACCCUUUUGACAGCGUUCCAAUAAACCGAGCCAAGAGUACACGAGAGACCAAUCGCCAAGAACAGGAUUCACCGGAGAAAGAAGCGUUCAACCGACAACGUAGCGCUAGUGCACCAAAGGGCGGCAAGAGCGAGGAAACUCCUGAAGAGUCUUCGAUACCUCGUGAUCCCGCAGACCGUCCCAAAGCUCAAAUGAAGAAGACUCGCAGUGGCUUCAAGAGCGUACCACUAGGGCCCAAUCAGCAAGCUACUGAGGUUCCUGGAACCGAAAAGUCAGCCGAAUCACCUAGCGGUCCUUCAAUGUAUGACAUUCCAACUUCUGCAACUUCUAAAACACUUCAUCGCCCUAUGUCGAAAAGCUUCAGCCAGUGCCUGGGGUAUGACGGACCUGAGUUUUAUCAGUGUCCAUAUGAAACUCCAAUGAAGCCUCGUCACCCGUCGCCCAGUGGCAGACAUGAUUCUUCACAUCAAUUGACCCCUUUUGAGCGACAACAGAUGGCGCUCUUGAUACAGCUCAUUAAGAACGCCAGCUGCGAAAGCCCUUCCAAGAAAGCAAAACAUUCAACCCGCAGCAUUAACACCCCUCGCAAAUUAAACGGCGCUAACAAGAAUCACUCGAACAGUUUCAGUUUCCCUGUCAACGACGAAACCUUCAGACGAACUUCGCCCGACCAGCCUCCAUUUUCGAGACGAAAUACUGAUGAUAUAGAUACUAGCUUCGUGGAAGAGGAGAACGCGACAGACUGGGAGUUCAAUGCUGGUGGAGCCGAACAAGGAAGUCCAUCGAAAGUUCGAAAGGGACGCCGAUCGCCAGGAAAGCGCCCUGCAAUGAGCGGCAAGAGUACUCCUAGUUUCGCUUCUGACUCUGAGAGACCCGGCUCUACUAAACCCGAAUCGGGUUUCAAUCCUGCAGGCUGGGACUUUGGGCCUCAGACAUUUGUUCCCCAGCCGUCCAAAUCUGUGUCACCUACUCGAUUGUCUCGAACAAAUUCGAGAAAGCCUAGGGUUCCCAAGAAGCCUGACUAUAUCAACGUUGGGGAUGACAGUAGCAGUGAAGAUGAAGUUCUCGAAUGGCGCGGUCGAAAGGUGCAAGAUGAGCCACCCACAGCUGAAAGUCCCCAGGCAAUGGAUAUAGAUACUCCUCCUGUGGCGACCACAAUGCCACCGCCUCGUCCUCCCAAGAUCCCGUCACCUAAUCCAUCUCAGAUGACACCUUCGCCUCAGCCUGCUCAACCCAUGAGCCCGCACAAACAGCCUGCUGAAGCGAAUCAGGCUCCCGGAGCGGCAUCUCAUACUGCUAGAAACAUCUAUGUUGAAACGUCUAGACCAGAGUGGCGUGAAGGUAACGUGGACAACACCAACGGUAUUGAGCAUCAACCAGAAAUUCCCAGAAAGCCGAUCAACCCGAACAACGUUGGAUCAGAGGACAGUGAGGAGUUCCUCGCCAAUUUUGCCGACCUUAGAAAUGUCGCUCCAUUCACUCAGCAGAGUUCGGGUCUGAAAUCUUUCUCCGAUCUGAAGGAUAAUCUGCCCUUUGAAAGCAAAGCAGCGCCACAGAUUCCGAUCAAACUACCGACAGUCCACCCGCUAGUUUUCCCAGAUGCCCCUGUUGCGCCCCAGGUACCGACUGCUGUACUGGUUAGUGGAGUACAACCAAGCGCACACUCCUGGGAGACUUAUGUCAAGGACUUUGAAAACUACAUGAAGCAGUGGGAUGUGUUUAACGCUCAAGUGGUGGAUCAUUUUGCUACACGCAAAUCUCACAUCGCACGCACCCGCGCAGAAAAGGGGUACUCAUUUUUGGAAACCAGGGGCGAUGCCGACAUUCAGGAGUACUACAACUGGCUCGAACAGGAUAUGGAUGUUCGCCGACGCUGGGCCGCCGCUUGUGACGAGCACGAACAGCGAUUUAGAGAGUUCAUGGCGUUUCGAAUGAAGAUGAUGUAA